AGUCUGUCAAAAUUAAAUGAAAGAUGACGUUGUUACUUGUUAGUGAAAAAUUAAAACAGUGAUGUUUUUAUUAUAAGCCGCUAGAUAAACUCUCCAAAGUAAAUUAAAUAAACUUUAUUACGUAAUGGAGGCUAUAGACGUGUGUAUAGAAAUAGAGAAUGAUGAGUUCUAUAGCAAGUUUCUUGUAGAUUCCGUAAAGCCUCUGGUAGGCGAGAACAUAUCAGUCACCGAACAAGUAACUAAGCUUACUCAAGGUAUCGAUAAGUUAACAAAAAACUUAGAGACGCAGGUCCUUGCGAAACAUAAUGAUCUCCUUACCCAAGCGAGCAAUAUAUCGGACCUUGAAACUAUGCUAGCAUCAGUACGAUCCCAAGUGCAAGUUCUACUACAGAGGGCUGAAAAAAUCAAAGAAAGGGUCCAUACUCCCUUUUACGAGUUAAAAAGUCAAACGGUAAUGCUUGAACGUGUUCAAGUUACAUGUAAUUUACUUAGACAUGCAGCUAAAAUACUUACUCUUUGGAACAAGCUCAGUACAGUGAAAGACAACCCAGCUAAGGAAGCUAUGAUUUUAUUUGAACUUAAUGAAUUAAUAAGUGACUAUGAUUUUGAAGGAAUAGUGCUACUUGAAGAUGUCUUGAAACAAGUUGACCAUCAAAGGAAAGAAUUGUUAAGGAAUUCAACAGAAUUGUUGCAGUCCAGCUUAUUGGUUGGUGAUAAAACUAAACUGCUUCAAUGUUUUAAAGUAUUCCACAAUUUGCAAUGCACAGAGGAACAAAUAAAAAGCACUGUAAAUUGCAUCCUUAAAGACACAAGGAAAGAGAUUGGCAUUGCCCUAAAUGUACAAAUGGUAUCUAUAGAAGUAAAAAAAUCAAGUUCAGGUCGUUCAGCUCCUGGUAAAGCAAAUAUUAUGAAUGCACAAGAUUUUAAAAUCAAACUGUGGGAUAACAUUGAUAAGCUUUUUAAAGUUGAUAUUUAUAAUAGUUGCAUGAAAGUAAUAAUGUUACAGAAUGUCGUAAAUGAACUUCAUGCGAUCGGUAAUUUCAAAAACAUUGCCAGGAACUUUUGGCAUGAGCUAUCGAUAAUUUUCAGUAAUGAGUUAGAAAAGAGUUCCUCAACAGUAAAUCAGUCCGUUGAGAUUGAUUUUCCAAAACUUUUAAAGUGUUUUAAUGAUUUACUCUCCAGGUUGAAAUGUAAAAAUUUAGAAAUGAAUCGUUCCUGCUUGACUAAAUGGGAGAAUUCAUUUUUGUCCAAGUCUUUAGGUAAGCUUCUUGAACCAGUGAGAAGUAUGUGGCACUUAAACCAGGUGCCCACUAUGGACCAAAUAGAUAACGCAAUAAGAGUUAUAGCCGAAGCCCUGAGUAUAUCGCUGGGUGACAAACAGUUAAGCAUAAGUUUAGCUAACAGUGUAGCUAAAAGCAUUAAACAAAUGAAUGUAGAAGCUGAACAAAGACUUUCAAUGGAAAGUGAUGUUGCCCAAAUUAUAGAGGCACCAACAAGCUCACAGCAGAAAAAUGCCGAUCUUUGCAACUCAUUACAUUAUUUUUCAUCACAAAUAAAGCGAGUUCUUGCAAAUAUGAAUUCAAUGUUGCCACAAGAAAGCAUACAAAUAGUCCAGAACAGUUUGAAAGAUAUCUCAAGUUUACCAGUUCUCAAUCUAUUUGCCGAAUCUAUUAAGAACUCUCUUUACCUUAUUCUCAUAACUAUGCACGAUGAACCAGACCUAAUUAGAGCCGAUGACCUAAAUAACAAGAAUAUAUCAUGUUCUCCCUACAUGAAAGAAUUGCAGCACUUUGUGUCGAGGUGUAAAGAAAUCUAUUUAUCUUUGUUCACGGAAAAAUCAGCACUUAAUCAAUGUUGUUUGGAUAUAUCAAAAUCCUGCAUCGAGAGAUUUGUUCAACACGUCUGUAAUGUCAGACCAUUGAGUAAAUAUGGUCGCGCGAAACUUCAGGCAGACUGUAAGCAUUUGGAAAUUUCACUAUCUCCAUUGGUAAAUGAUGUGACAGAGUUGGGUGAUCAUUAUCGCCAAUUGAAAGCAUUGAGUCUUCUUUUAGAAAAGACACCACAAGAAGUUGCUAAAAGUCAGCACGAAGGAGCAUCCUUGCCAUACUCCUUGGUGAUGAUGUUUCUGUUCUCCCAUGCGGGUCCUCAGCUGUUAGCUCCUCACACAUGUGCUGGUUGGAAUAUACAGAAAUUGAUUCAAUGGUUAGAUUCACAUAAAAAUGAAAGAGAAAGGCUAGAAUUUGUAGCGGGUUCUUUGCAAAGAUAUCAAAAUCAUAUUCGACAGAACCAAAUUACGACAUACGAUGAGAUGUACCCCGUGUUACUACAACUACUUGAAGAUGGAAGAAAAGUUUUGAACAAAUAAAUUAAUGUAUGACUAUAUAAUGAAAUAUUUUUAUAAAUUAGGCUUUGUUUAUUAGAACUUAAGAAAUUAAACACCACCUUAAAAUAGACUAUUUAUUAAAAUAA